CCUAAAUCAGUUCAAAACACCUUCUUUCUUCCUCCAUUUUCGAGCUCCAAAGGUCUUAGAGAGAGAGAAACUUCAAAUCUUCAUAUCUUCUUCAUUUUAGCUCCAAAUUAUGUCUGGAGGAAGACGUGACGAUCCCAUUUUCGAGGAGCCACCACUAGGACGGGAAGACCCGCCACCUCAGCCUGAUAUCCCAUUUGCUACUAUUGCUGAUCGCAGACGCUUCCAGGCAUGGGGGCAAUACCGCACACUCCUUCCUCCCAUGAUCCUGGACCCGACGAUGCUAGAGGAAUGGGGGUACUGGGAUGAGAUUGAUUCCCUGCUAGGAGACUCUUUAUGGCGGAGGAUUCUAUUCGUUCAGGAGAGGGCCAGCCUUCCAUUGACGAUGGAGUUUCUGUGCUCCGUUCAGUUCACUCAUUACGGACAGGCUGUGCAGGAGGGUGCUGUUAUUGGGUCAGAGUCUCGGAUGAGGUUUACUAUUCUAGGCAUGGAGCACUCCAUCACUGUGGCUGAGCUCGGAUGGAGGAUGGGGCUCUAUACCCCAGCAUACACACAGACUGAGGAGUUCCGUGCUCUUCCGACCCGCUUACCCGAGGCAUUUGACAUUGAUGAGUUCUGGCACAGACACUCCACAGACACCAGAUCAUUUCUCCGGAUGCACCCCCAUUCGAACAAAUGGAGGGCGACUCACUGGUACAUACUCUCGUUCGUACUUUCUUGUGGUUUUUUUGGACGACCUAACAACACAAAUAGGUUGUCCAAAAAGGACAUACUAUUCUUUUGGAGUUUGAUUCACCGCAUCCCGGUGAAUAUGGCUGUCCUUAUGGCUCGUUUCUUCCGGAGCCAGGGGAAGACUGUGCGGCGCACUAUCCAGGCAGGGCCUUUCAUCACUACUCUCGUUAGAUCAUUCUACCCAGAUCUAGACAUUCCAGGACUAGUGCACUUACAGGAUAGCAUCCGCGUUCUCCGAUCCUCAUCCUUUACCAACAUGAGGAUCAAGAAGAAGCGGAACACUCAGGAGCUCCCAGGUAUUGAGCAGCCGACCCAGCAGAGUAGUUCUUCUCGACCCUCAGGACAUGAGGGAUCUAGCGAGCCCUUUUCAUACAUGCCUAGCGCCGCAGAUUGGAGAGCGAUGAUGGAUGGGAUGAGGAGUCUACAGACCUCAGUCUCAGAGAUGCGGGUUGCAC